AUGGAUCUCGCGAUGAAAAUACCAGUAUUCUUAUCAAUGUUAUAUAUCGUUACUAUCACGGCAAAAAUAUCAAGUGCUAAUGGUUAUCGAACAGUCUUUGUGAACCUAGAUGGUAAGACUUUAAAUAAAAUGAAAUUUGUCAAAAAUGAUGUACCGAUUCAAGUAGAUGCAGAAACUAGGCAUAACAUAACCAGUAAAUGGCUAAAAUUACGAUUUAAGCAAAUAGGAACAUCGGGCAAUAAAAUGUCCAAACUAUCCAUGAAAUCUCUUAAUCAAGACUCUUUCACAAAAAUUCAAUCAUCAAGUAAUCACAGAAUACAUCGUCGAGCGAUUAACACUGAGGCAAAUGUUAGGGAUCAUUGCCAAUUAAGAGAGAUAAAAUAUCAAGCGUAUCGUUGGAUCAAUACUUCUCAUAUUUUUUUACUAAAUGAUGAUACAAGUAGAGCAUUCAAAGUUGCCCAAAUAACGGAGAUAUCAGGAAACAAUAAAAGUAACGUGCAUAUAAGAAUCUGUACAGAAGUUAUUGAUAAUAGAUGGAAUGAGACUUUAAGAGUUUUAAAUUAUAUUACACCAACACUAGAAUUAUUUUGCUACACACCAGUAAUCAUAUUGCAUAUUGUAAUAUCUCGGCUAAAUGAACGGUUCGAUUACUUUUUCUUAAGUACAUUACUUGGCACGAUUGGUUACAAAAUAUUGAGACUAGCUGGCUCAAUACUGCAGCAUAUUCGACCUUCUUUAUUACCUGAAUGCCAAGUAUUGGCUACAUUUAGGCAUUAUUUUCUAACCGUAUCCUAUGCAUCAAUGAUUGUGGUAGUCUUUGAUAUUUAUUUCUAUUUCUCUUGUCAUACUCCUCCUUCUUCAGAAGGUUUAUUAAAAAUCUAUUACAUCUGUUUUGCAUGGCUAAUUCCAGCGAUGCUAUCAAUAACGUUGUUUUCGAUCAAGUAUGUCGACAAUUCGUAUGAUAUUUUAGACGGUACCCCACGGUGUGAUAUUACUGAAACUUGGGCUCGUAUGGCCUUUGUUAUCAUUCCAUGCGUUAUUACAUUUUUAAUUACCAUCUUGUUUCCGUUUUUUGCAAAGAAAGUUAUCAGAUCUCGAAGACUAAAGUAUCGAAGAGCAUCGGAAGAUAAGAAGCUAAUUGCUAGAAAGUACAAUUGCAUCAUUAAAUAUACCAUCUUUGUUAUGAUUAUUUUGGCUGCCAAUUUAGUCAACGACACAACAGAAGUCAGUAUUGCAACUCAUCAACGAAUAGUUCAAUUGCACGUUUUUGCUCGCGUUGCUGAUAUUUUAUGUGCCAUAUUCAGUGUAAUUGUCAUGGCUGUAAUGUUUUUUAAAUGGUUAAAAGUAAUGAACAGCUUUGCCAAUCGUAGGCAAGACCUCAAUCAACUUAUGAAUCAUAAUCAACAAUAA